UUUUUUUAAUUAAAACAAAUACAAAGUUAUUUUGAUAGAUUUUGUUUUGUAUUCUUUAUACAUAAUUUGCUUUCUUAAUUUAUUUUUUUAAUAGUAUUUCAUAAUUAUAGAUAAUAAAUAUUACUAGAAAACAUAACCUAAAUAUAUAGCACUUUUAAUAUGAAUAAGAAAAAGUAAGUAAAAACCAGUGAUCCCGUUAUCAAGCAAUGGAGUAUUAUCUGCACAGUGAGGUGGAAUCGAAUCGGUAACUUUCCAUGGCUGUGCCUCGAUCCACUUCUUCCAAUAUAAUAUUUAGGUACAUCCUACAUUAACAAUUCAAAAAUGGCAUUCCGCGUUGAGUCCGAGAAAGAUUAUGGAUUUUUACUAAAAAGUUUAAUUGCCGGCGGGGUAGCUGGAAUGUGUUCCAAAACAACAGUAGCUCCACUAGAUAGGAUAAAAAUAUUAUUGCAAGCACAUAAUAAACAUUAUAAACACUUAGGUGUCCUUUCUGGAUUGAAAGAAAUAAUUCAACGUGAACGAUUUAUUGCUCUUUACAAAGGAAAUUGUGCUCAAAUGAUUAGAAUAUUUCCAUAUGCAGCAACACAAUUUACUACAUUUGAAUUAUAUAAAAAGUAUUUAGGUGACUUAUUUGGAACACAUACUCAUACAGAUAAGUUUCUGGCUGGAUCUGCUGCUGGUGUUACUGCAGUUACAUUAACAUAUCCACUUGAUGUCAUUAGAGCCAGACUUGCUUUUCAAGUUGCCGGAGAACAUAUUUAUGUAGGGAUUGUACAUGCGGGUAUCACAAUUUUUAAAAAAGAAGGUGGUAUUCGAGCAUUGUACAGAGGGUUUUGGCCAACUAUUAUUGGCAUGAUUCCAUAUGCAGGAUUUUCAUUCUAUUCAUUUGAAAAACUUAAAUAUUUAUGCAUGAAACAUGCACCAAAUUAUUUUUGUGAAAAAUAUGACAGAAAUACUGGUGGUUUAGUUUUAACGAUACCAGCAAGAUUAUUGUGUGGAGGUAUUGCUGGUGCUGUUGCUCAAAGUUUUUCUUAUCCAUUAGAUGUUACCAGAAGACGGAUGCAACUAGGUAUGAUGGAUCAUAAUACUCACAAAUGCAAUUCUAGCAUGUCACAGACUAUAAAAGCGAUAUAUGAAGAAAAUGGUAUUGCAAAAGGUCUGUAUCGUGGAAUGAGUAUCAAUUAUCUACGAGCUAUUCCUAUGGUAUCAGUUAGUUUUACAACAUACGAGAUCAUGAAACAAAUAUUACAUUUAGACACGGGACUAAAAUUCUAAUUUAAUUAAUCAGAACACGUAUUUGUAAUAUCAGUUCUUAUAUUUCUAUUAGUGAUAAAACGCAAUCAAUAUUAAUAUUUUUCUACAAUUACUGGGACAAAAAUAUUGUUUGAUUUUUACUUCGCAACAUAGAGGUGAUUCUUUCAAUCUAAUUUAUUAUCUGUACGUGAUAAAUUUAUGCAAGUAUGAUAUGCCACGAAUAUGUGAAAUAUAUGGAAAAUAUUUGCGAAGUAUACAGAGAAUAAAUAUUUAGGGUGGACCUACUAACGUGACCACCUGAAAUAUUUCACUUGUU